AUGAGGCUGUUACUUUUCUGUCAACUGUUUUUUGUUGGGAUACAGGCAUCAAAACUAGGUGUAUCCCCGCCUUCUCAAAGAGACCAAGUCAAUUGUCAACUCUAUACCGUUCAGCCAAACGAUAGCUGCAUUGGCAUCAUCAGCAACAAUAAUAUUACCUACGCCCAGUUGCUUUCUUGGAACCCUUCACUCAAUCCUACAUGCUCUAACCUCGCAAGCUUGAAUUCGAGUAGCAUUUGUGUCAGUAACCCUAAAGGAACGUUUUCCAUCUCCAGUAAUACAAAUGGGGCAACCAUUAUUGCUACUACAACUGCUCCGAUUCCUUCUCCAACGCUAGAUCAAACAACUUCUCGAUGUGCCAAGUACUACCAAGUCGUCGAUGGCGAUGAUUGCUCCCAUUUGACUGCACAAUUUGCAAUUACACUAAAAGAUUUUCUCUUUUUGAAUUCCGAAGUUUUUCAAAAUUGCACAAAUUUGAAAUCGGGUUAUUACUACUGCGUUGAGCCAGUCGGAUACAUUUCUACCUAUCCAGGAUAUUUACCCACGGCUACAACCAAGCCAUUCAACCAAACUAGUGCGACAUCUCUGCCGUACGCUGGAGAUCCAUGGGCCAAAUUUUCCUCAAAUGUCUCAGUGAUACCUAUAGCAAAUAACACACGCGUAGAUUGUUAUUCAUACACUUAUGUAACAAAUCUUACGGAAAACUUAUCUGCGGAUUGUUGGAAUUUGGCGAUGUUCUAUGAUAUUACACCCGAAGAGCUGGUACUUUGGAAUCCUUCUCUUGGCGAUGAUAGCUCUUCAGGGUCAAAUGUCGUAUCCGAUGAAACCAGUAGAAUUGCAUCGGCGAUAGCAGUCCCAACUACUGCUUCAAGCUUAAUCACCAAUCCUUACACCUAUCCGUGUACACUUGCCGCUAAUAUUUCGUACUGCGUUGCCUUGGUUUCUCCUACUGCUGAUUUACCGACAACUACGGCACCUCCCGGCCCUCACGCUUCUGGGGAGGUAUCUAAUUGUACGACAUGGUUCGCACCCCAGGCCUACAAUACAUGCAGGGAUAUCUUAUACAUCGCCCAGUUAUCAUUUGCCGAUUUCUACCAGAUGAACCCCUCGGUUGGCCCAGAUUGCUCCGGACUUGUCGUGGGAACAAACUAUUGUAUAUCAACAUAUCCCAAUGGCAAUGAUCCGAAUGAGUGGGAUGGGGACGCCAGCAUCCCAUCCGCUUCAUCUACUGGAAUCAUAACCCCCACACCGAUACAGAGUGGCAUGGUUAGUAACUGCAACAAAUUUUACGAUGUGCAUUCAAAUGAUGGCUGUUCAGCCAUUGCAAGCAGCCAAAACAUCAACCUCAGUUCGUUUUACCAGUGGAACCCAGCCGUCAAGACCGACUGUUCUGGGCUUCAGGCAAGCGUAUAUGUUUGUAUCGGUGUUGCGACGACAUCGGCAUCUAUCACCACUACGUCUAAACCACCCACCGGAGUUAUUACACCCACACCAACACAGAGUGGUAUGGUUAGUAACUGCAACAAAUUUUACGAUGUGCAUUCAAACGAUGGCUGUUCAGCCAUUGCAAGCAGCCAAAACAUCAACCUCAGUUCUUUUUACCAAUGGAAUCCAGCUGUCAAGACCGACUGUUCCGGACUGCAAGCAAGUGUAUACGUCUGUGUUGGCACGGCGGCAACCACAACAGCUCCCGGCAUAACCACUCCUACACCCACCCAAAGCGGUAUGGUGAGUGGCUGUAAUAAAUUCUACGACGUCCACGCCGGCGAUGGCUGUUCAGCCAUUGCAAGCAGUCAAAAGAUAGCUCUAUCUUCAUUGUAUAAGUGGAACCCGGCCGUUAAAACGGAUUGCUCUGGCCUCCAAGCGAGCGUGUAUAUAUGCAUCGGUGUAGCAACUGCAAAUGCUGCUGCUGCUCGUAUAACUGGAUGAAGAUGGUGUAAAUGGAAAGCUAUAGAUAUAUAAGUGUACAUUUGAAAUCUAAGCAAAAGCUCCAG